AUGGGUUGGUGCCAAAGUGCCAGACUGCAAGUAUUGAACUUUAGUGCUCUAUUAGGCACAGUGUCGGAAAUCUCAAAGGGUUCUUAUCACCCCCGCAAGCAACCACAGUACCUCUUCGGCGCUCGCAGCCGCAACGGAAGUAGUAAAUAUGUCGGCACCACCGGAAGCGGGCGCCGGGCGCUACGUCACUUCCGGCCCAGGCUCUACGGGAUUACGGGCGCGUUAAUUGUGCUACGUUUCGUUCUCUACGAGCCGUCG